AUGUCUAUGGGUGUACACGAAGAUACAAAAACUUCUAAAGGCCACCACGACAAAGAAGACCACUUGGGCAAGUACGACGACCACGGAGGCGUCGACAAGCACCACCACGACGAGUCGGGCCACUACGGUCACCACCACCAUGAAGAACAUGGCAAGAAGCACGCCAAGUACGAGGAAUCGGGUAAACAUUCAAAAGGCCACAGUACAAAAGGCAGUCACGAUAUCCACAAAAAGGAAGAAUACGAGAAGAACGUUGAAUUCUUUGAGGAGGAAGGAGAUUCCUUUGAAGAGGAAAAACACGGUGGACAUCAUGGCGAGAAGAGUCACGGGAAGGGUGGCCGCUUUAAGCAAGGAAAGCUCAAGGCCGCACACGAGGGACACGUCAAGGGCGACUCGGGACAUUUUAGCAAAGGUGGAUUCGGGAAUUCCCACAAGGGUCACAAAUCUGCCAACGGCCAAGAUCAUCACGGUCACAAAGGCAAGGAACACUUCCACCACAAAGGCAAAGAAGCUGGCAAGAAAUGGAUAUACCACCAAGGUCAUCCACCCAGGACAGCCAACCUCGUGCUCAUCGACAGGCGGGCCGAUCCUCACAUCGUCGGUCCGUUUUUCGGCUAG